AAUUAAGGAUACAAUUAAAGGAUACAAUUAAAGAUUCAUUAUGAUAUCAUCGAACGUUUUCAAUUUCCAAACAGUCCAUUCAAAUAGGUGGAAUGAAAAAAAAUUUUGGAAAAUUGAUUCAUUGAAAAAUUUAUCAGGAUUAAAAGGAAAAAUCGUUUGUGAAUUAACUGUAACUAAUUGUUAUUCAUUUUGGACGCGAGAUGUUACAUUGGGCGAUUUAAGAUCCACCAAACCUAAUAAUAUACGCGUCGAAAAAGAAUUUUGUGAAGCAACUUAUGCGGCAUUAUCUGGACUUGAAUCUUACGAAAAUCGAGAAUUAUCAUGUGUGAUUACCAUUGAAGAUGAUGAUGAUGCUGAGCUUUCCUGGAAUUGGAAAAUGAAUGAACCUGAAACUAGUACCAUGGCAUUAAAAUUUACUCUCGGAACCAUAUCUUUAUAUCCUGUUUCAAAACAUGAUACUGUAAAGAUGUGGCAAGAAUGGAUGAAUUUCUUUAUUGAAGAAAGAGAUCUAUUUAUGAUAAAGAGAGAUAAUUUUGAAACGCGUAUCGAAGAUUUAUCAGAAAUCAAUAAUCAAAUGAAAGAAAAAAUCGAGUCAAUCUCAGUUGAUAAAGAUAAUGAUCAAAAAUCUUUGACUGGAAAGGUAGUUAGAGAUCAUAAUAUUAUAUAUUAUAUUAUAACGUAGACCAACCCUUAUAACCCAACCUUAUAACCCUAAACCUUAUAACCCUAACUCUUAUAACCCUAACCCUUAUAACCUAACUUUAUAACCCUAACCCUUAUAACCCUAACCCUUUUUUUUUGUUUUGUUGUUUUUGAUAUAAUGUUUGUAUUUAUAUAAUAUAUAAUUUUUUUGUAUUAUGUGUAUUUUUAGUUCAAAACAGUCUUAAACAAAAAGAAAAGGAAAACGAAAAAAUUAAUAAAUUUAUUAAGUACAACUGAUACCACCGAGCCUUCAAAUGAACCAUUGGAAUCGCAAUCGCCAAAUGUUUCAGAUGAUCAAGAUAAUGAACCUGUUACACCUAAUAGGAGAGUAUCACCUC